ACGGUAGGAGCCGUGUCCCGGCCGUGCCGUGCCCUACCGUGCCCUACCGUGCCGUGCCCGGGCUCCGCAGCCCUUUGCAGCCCCCCCGGUGGGGAGGAUGGGCUGAGCCCGGUGGCACUGGGGGGGGCCGGCGGCGGCGGCUCCCGGGAUGUGCGCGCACCGCCGGCCCUGGGAGCAGCUCCCCGGCUCCUUUUGAAGGGCAGCAGCGAUGAACCGCGACCCUCCCAGCCCUCCCAGGGGGGAUAGCCCCGUUUGGUGCCCCCCUGGGAGCGGGGAGCUGCUGCGCUGCCCAUCCUGCCGCCUGCAGCUCUGGGAGCCGGUGACGGUGUCGUGCGGCCACUCGCUGUGCACGCCGUGCCUCGGGGGGGCCGUGCCCGCCCGCUGCCCCCUCUGCCAGGAGAAGCUCAAGCUGCUGGGAGUCGGCGGGCCGAGGCGCAACGUGGUGCUCUGCAACCUGCUGGAGAAGUGCGAGGACCGGGGCAGGCGGCUGGCGGGGCUGGUGGCCCGUGUCCGGCACCAUCUGACCCGUGGGGAGGCGAAGGAGGCGCUGGGGAUGGCUCAGAAGGGCGUCGAGCUGGCUCCAGAUGACAUCUCCCUGCGGCGGUGCCGGGCAGAGGCGUUCGUGGCACUGGGGCAGUACCCGGAGGCACUGGAGGACCUGGAGGCUGUGUGCAAGGCUGAGCCCACGGAGCAUGAGGGCUUCUUCAGGAAAGGGAAGGUGCUUCUGGAGAUGGGACGUGGAGCUGAAGCCCUGCUGGCCUGGGAGCACUGCCUGACGCUGUGUCCCCAUUUCCAGCCCGCGCAGAGCGAGAUGGAGAAGAUCCUCGCCCAGGAGGAUGCUGCUCGGCCACGCGCUGCCCACCGGGGCUCGAGCGGUCCCCAGGCAGGGGGGGACAGUGGGGACCCUGCAUCCCCCUCUGCACGAGCUCAGGACCAGGAGGAGGAGCCAGAGGCUGGCAGAGGGUCCUUGGUGUCUGAGCACGGCCAGGGGAUCCUCACCCCAGGGCAACAGCAGGAGUUGGGGGCUGCAGAGGAGAGGCAGCACGGGCUGUUGGCAGCUAAUGAAGAGGGGACAGAGGCAGCGAAGUGUAACCAGCCGUACCUCGGGGAGCUGCUGAGCAUUUCUGACUUGGAGUGCUCCCUCUGCAUACGGAUGUUCCUGGAGCCGGUGACGACGCCGUGCGGGCACACCUUCUGCAAGGAGUGCCUCGAGCGCUGCCUGGACCACCGGCCCAACUGCCCCCUCUGCAAGCAGAGCCUGAGAGAGUACCUGAAGGCUGGAAGCUACAGCUGCACGGUGCUGCUGCAGGACAUCAUGCUGGCCACCUUCCCCGCACAGCUGGCCGAGCGCCGGGAGCUGCACCAGGCCGAGAUGGCCGAGCUCUCCAAUCUGACCAAGAACAUCCCCAUCUUUGUAUGCACCAUGUCCUUCCCGGGUGUUGCCUGCCCUCUGCACGUCUUCGAGCCCCGCUACCGCCUGAUGAUCCGGCAGUGCCAGGAGGCCGGCACGAGGAGGUUCGGCAUGUGCGUGUAUGAGACCGGGAAAAGCUUCGCAGACUACGGCUGCAUGCUGGAGAUCCGGCAGCUGGAGCUGCUGGCGGACGGCCGGUCGCUGGUGGACACCGUGGGUGGGCGGCGGUUCCGCGUGCUGAGACGCGGGCACAGGGACGGCUACAACACCGCUGACAUCGAGUACCUGGAGGACAAGAAGGUGGCCGGGGAGGAGCUGCAGGAGCUGCAGAGCCUCCACGAAAGCACCUACGAGUUGGCCCAGAGAUUUUGUGAGCACGGAGACGUUGCCUCCAGGCGCCUCUUGAUGCAGCAUGGGCCACUGCCGGAGAAGGAGGAGGACAUCCAGGCUUCUGCUGACGGCCCGAUGUGGUGCUGGUGGCUCAUCUCCAUCCUGCCCCUCGACCCGUCCUUCCAGCUCAGGCUCUUCUCCAGCACCUCGCUGCGUGCCCGCCUCACCCAGCUGCAGCGCAUCCUCCUGGCUCUGCUGCAGCAGCCCCCGGCCGUGCACCCCCUGCCCGAGCACAGCCCCCGGGGACACAUCUGAGCCCCCCGCCCCGGCAGCCCCCUCUCUGUUCACACGGGAGACCCCCCCCUCCUCCUUCCUUGGGUUUCUUCGUGCAUUUCUUCAUGGUUUGAACCCCAAGGAAGGGACCUCAGCGAGGAGCUGGGCUCUCUCUGCUCAGCUCGGCGGGGCCCGGCGGUGACUUGACGCUGUUCGUGCUGUCCCCAUGAGCUGCACCAGGAGGGACCAAGCCAGAAAGCUGGGUGGUGUCUUGGGAGCCAAAAUCCCCCGGUUUUGAGGUGCUUCAGUGCUAAGGAGGACUCUCCUCAGGGCAGAGGACCGAGUGCCAGGGCUGCUUGGGUUUUGGCUCUUCCUCUCCGAAGGACAACGUUGGGGUUUUGGUAGAUGGCCCCGCUCCAUGCAGCAGGGGGGGAUUUAAAGGUUUGGGAGAUGUGGCACCAGGAGGCAGAGAGGUCCCAGGUGGCUUCCUCCACCUGCAGGAGCUGAAGGCUCAGGCUCUAGUUGUGAGUUUGCCUUAAUUUCCAUUUGAGCUAGAAGGAAGGUUCAAUUAAAUGAUCUGAUAUCCACGGCCCUGCUUCUAGCCACCUCCUUGGCCAGGCAGAGAAGGAGGCACCGGUCAGAGCGGGGCCACUGCCUCCGUGUGGCUGUGGGGACGAGUCCCCAGCUGCCCAAGGCUGCUCAUGACCUGGGUCAGGUUGGGCUUUGGGGUCAGACCUGACCCACCGGUGGGCUUGAAGGGGCUGAUAGGGGAAUUAAGGCUGGCAGUGCUUGUUGAGACUUUCUGCCCCUUGAGCAGUGCAAUUUCCCUAUGAUCAGUGUUUCUUGUGACCCUUGAAUUUGGGACCCAGGACAGUUCAGGGCCCCCAAACCAGCAUGGAUUGAAGUCAAAGGGAAUCUCCGGAGGGGCUUGGGAGGGCACAAUACCCGGUGGCCAAUGCUGUGAACCCCAUGCAGGGGAGCAAGUGCCUGUCUGCAAGUGCCUGGCUGCUGCUCCUCUCCAGAGAGAGGGAAAAAGUUACUGCCCCCCCUCUGCCUGCACAGGCAAGGCUUUACUCCAUGGAGAUCCUAAAACUUUGGGAUUUUUGCCUCCCAUCCAUAAUUUCAGUGACUUUGGGUUGAAAUUUAGGAGUAAUAUUGAUUUAGUGAGUUGUUGGAUUAACAUUAAUUCCAGAAUCGUGUCCCUGCUUUCGCUCUGUCUGGUGGCUGUUACCUGGGGAGGGGGAGAGGCAGUGGGGUCGGAGCCACAGGGCCCCUUCCUGCCCAUCGUUCCACUCCGUGUCCUUCUGCAGGGUACCACUGGAUUUUGGGAAGUGCCUUUCUUUUCUGCAGGGUGGAUGUGAGCACCCCUGUGACCCCCCAGCCCCACAAGCUGCCUGAUUACCGGGCGUGGGAGCUCCCUGGGUCUCACCAUGGGUCUGGGCCAUGUUCAUGCUGGAACCUGGCUUGCUGCGGGAAGGGACUCGUGCAAAUCGCUCCAGUUUGUUUGGAGCAUCUUUGGGGUCUGUGUUAGUACCUUCUCUCUUUGAAUUCUUUUUUCUUCUUGGUCACUGAAAUAAAGAACUUUGUUGUUGUUUU